AUGACGGACUACGCAGUCGAAGUUACAGACCUCACUUACCGUUUUAAAGAGAGCCCUGAACCAGCCGUCGAGAAUAUCAACUUAAAGGUUCCCUGGAACACAAGAACUCUGGUUGUUGGUGCUAAUGGUGCAGGUAAGUCGACACUACUGAAGCUGCUCAGUGGUAAGCAUUUAUGCCUAACUGGGAAUAUCAAAGUUAAUGGCCUCGACCCAUUCAGUCCGCUUUCAAUGACUACUUCAAUAGACAAUACUCUCAUUGAGAAUGACGAUGGUUUUGGAAAUAAAGGUGAAUGUCAGGUAUCCACAUAUUUAGGUACAGAAUGGUGCCAUAUGAGCAUUAUUAAUAGAGACAUAGGAGUACUUGAACUAUUGGAUAGCAUUGGUUAUCAGUUUUUCAAGCAGAGGGGUGAUAGACUUAUUGAUAUUCUGGAUAUCGAUGUCAAUUGGAGAAUGCAUCGUUUGAGUGAUGGUCAAAAGAGACGUGUUCAACUAGCAAUGGGACUUUUAAAGCCUUGGAGAGUGCUCUUACUGGAUGAGGUAACAGUUGACCUGGAUGUUAUUGCACGCAUGCGUCUAUUAGAUUUUUUGAAGUGGGAAACAACUAAUAGAAAGUGUUCAGUAGUGUACGCAACACAUAUUUUUGACGGUUUGGCUGCUUGGCCCGAUUAUGUCUUACAUAUGCAAAGUGGGAAAAUAGUCUCAAAAUUAGACUAUAAGAACGAUGUUACAUUCUGCAAUGCCAAAGAGGACUCAGAAGCCAAUGGCAAAGUAAUUGUUAAGGAGAACGGUCAGAAACUGGAUGUGAUCCGUCUAAAUAGUUUACACCCAUUAGCAAUUCACUGGCUACAAGGAGACCAUUCCAAGAUAUCACCAGGGUUGUCAUAA